GAAAGUGAGGUCAGCACGGCGAGUUAUAUCGAACAAGAGCCGCCGGAAGUGAGGUGGAGUUUGGAGGAGAGCCGUCGCUGCCGGAUUGCUGGCAAAGUCGUUCGCCGGGGCCUAUACCAGAGUGUGGACGCCCGGCGACAUUGAUCCGACUUCUUCAGUAUCCUUUUUCUCGCUGCAGUUUUGGCAUUUCAGGUUUAUAUAUUAUCAUAAAUUUGGGUAACUACACUGUUUUGGGUACUUUAUGGGAUGCGUGAGUAAAGAGAGAAAAGGAGGGAAUCGGGUCUUGCUUGCUUCUGAAAUUUUGCCUGGAAUGCGAAAUUCUGUCGGUAGAAUAUGUACUUGAGUUGAGCUGUGUUAACAAGGGAAUUAAUGAAUUUGAAGGCGCACGCCAUGUGUUCGAUGAAUUGUCUGAGGGUCUCGUGGUUUUGCAGUAGUUUGUAUAGCUGAAUGUGUUUGUCAUGACGGUUUUUAUUGGAUUUGGCCUUUUGGUCUUAUUUUUCCUCACAAUUGAUUUUUCCUUUUUUCUCCAUUUCAGGUAUGGCAACGAGAGGCCUGAAGAUUUGGGCGGCAGCUGAGGACUUGGCAAGUAAUAGGGGAUAUGUACUGUCUCUCUACAGACAACUAUUGCGCAGUCUGAACUCUCCAAGUUUGCCUCUGAAUUUAGCUGCAAGAUUGGCAAAGAAGGCUGAGGUUCGUGCCAUCUUCCUGCUGGGAUCCGAGGAGAGAUCCGUCCACAAUAUCAAGGACCUCACUGACACAGCUGAAUAUGCUCUUGGUAUGAUGAAGAAGGGGGAAAUCCCAAAGUACAUUCAGUGAUCCAUCAAACACCGACGCACUUGAUUCUUGCACUUGCACCUCUGCACAAGCGUGAUAUAUGGAUUUCUGUAUCUCUCAUGACAGUUUAUGAGACAUGAUCUUGUCAUAUGUCUGAGAAUUUUGUUAGGAGUCAUAGGAGCUGUAAUCAGGAAUGUGUUACCAAGUGUUAUUGAUUGCAAGGCGAAAUCCCAAUGGCCUCUGUUCUAGUUAAUUUUGAACAAGACCAUCACCAAGUUGAAACUGAAUCGUCGUUACAACUUUAUUUCCAAAGAAAAUGAGAACUUCAAG